ACAACAAUAGCUGCAAAAACAAAAAAAACAUCAAGUUCAAUAAAAAUUUAAAGAAAAAAAAUGUCUGCCACAAUAGUGCAGAAAUCCACGGCAAUGGUCGGCAAUACGUUAUUCGAAUGCGGCGACAUAUUCCAGACGGUGGCGAGUGAUCGCGAUCAUCAGCAACAGCAACAGCAGCAGCCGCCAGUGGUGGAGCACGUCCUGGACAGCACCAACAGCAACAUGGAGCAACAGCAGCACCCACACCGCCUGCACGGCCCCCUCACUCGCACCAUUUCACAGCCGGCUCAGCGUCAUCAGCAGCUCCUUCAACAGCAGCAACAACAACAACAACAGCAACAACCUGUGGCAUCCUUGGUGACCAUUAUCGAGAGCCUGGGCAGCAUGAACCUGCACCGCAAACUGGAGAGGACACAGUCGGAGCCACUGCCCCAGCAGCCCAUGAAUACUUCCAGAUACAAGACAGAGCUGUGCCGGCCCUUCGAGGAGGCAGGUGAGUGCAAGUACGGGGAAAAGUGCCAGUUCGCCCAUGGAUUCCACGAGCUGCGCAACCUGCAGCGGCAUCCCAAGUACAAGACCGAGUACUGCCGCACCUUCCACAGUGUCGGCUUCUGUCCGUAUGGGCCGCGCUGCCAUUUUGUUCACAAUGCGGAUGAGGCGCGCGCCCAGCAGCAGGCAGCCCAGGCGGCGUCCAAGUCCUCCUCCAGUCAGCAGCAGCAGUCGUCCCAGUCGCAGCAGUCUUCCACGGGUGGCCAGCAGAGCUUCCCUAGCAAGGGCAGCCAGGCCACGAAUAUCCUGAACAGCAGCAACGCCGCCAACAACAACAACAACAACAGUAAUCAGUUCUUCUUGCCACUGAGCCCGCCGCUGUCGAUGAGCACCGGCUCGGAUCGGGAGUCGCCCACCGGAUCGCUGUCGCUCAGUCCCACCAACUCGCUGACCAACUUUCCCUUCCACGAUGCCCUGCAUCAGAACGGCGGCUAUCUGGGCCUGAUGGGCCAGGGCGGUGGCGGAGGCGGCGGCGGCAGCAGCAGCGGUGGUGCCGGCAACAGUUCCUCGGCCUCAUCCACAUCGUCCUCGUCGGGACUGGGUCUGGGCCUGGGCAUGGGCAUGGGCGGCAUGGGCAUGAGCAUGGGCCUCAGCCUGGGCAUGGUGGGUGGUGGACCGAACACCCCGCCAGAGAGUCCCAAUGUACCCAUCUCCCCGGUGCACACACCGCCGCCCUACGACCUGAGCGGCCCCACCGGGAAGCAGUUGCUCCAGAAGAGCGUCAGCACGCCACCACAGCACCACCAUCAGCAGGUGCAACCGAUGCAGCAGGAGGAGACGCCACGGCUGCCGGUCUUCAAUCGUCUGAGCUCCGCCGUGGAGGCCUAUCAGUCCAACUUGGGUCUCUAAAGAGGAUCGUUAGAGAGGAGGAGGAG